ACCACCCAGGGAACAAAUAAAUGGUUUGUUACACAGCGCAUAAUCAAGGCUGGGAAGAGUGGUCGCGUGUGGGAGUGGUUAAGGCGACGCGUUCAUGAAUGAACGAGCCCAUGGCAACCGCUUUUGUUUACUUGACAGCGGCGCUCCCAGCUACCUUCCAUAGCUCUCCUCUCUUUAACAGCCUCUUCGCUCCUCUUGUUUUUAAAAGUUCUUCUGCCUUCGUUAUCGCUUUCCUUUUCCCCACUCCCACCUCGUCUCGCCUCGCCUCGCUCCCCCCGCGUCCGCUAGCACAGAGGCCAAACAUUAAAAAUGUUUCAGCUGGAGCAGAGGGAGGCUGCAGCCAUUGCCAGGAGGCGCCGGCUCGAGUCGGAGAGACGGGGUCGCAUUUUUAACCCGAAAGUUCGCACCAUCGGGGUCGACCUGGAUGGCCUCAACGAGCAGGUGGAGCAGAGGAGGUUUCGCGAGCAGCAGGAGAAGACGAGGGAGGAGGCCUUUGCGGACGCAGCGAUCCGGCACGACCGCAUCGCGAUCCUCCUGGACGAGAGACAGCGCGAGGAGUCCCGUGCCCUCGAUCGCUCCCUCGCCCAAUACUGGGCUCGCUGCCAGAGCGCCAGCGACAGGUCCCAGCCGCCGGCGGGCGUCGUCGGCGGAGACUCCGACGUCGUCGCGGACGAGGGAGCGGUGUCGGGGCUGCGCUCCUUCGCGGGCGAAGACCUCGAGGCCGGAGAGCGGCGCGGUCUGCAGAAGGAGCAGCAGAGGAGGUGGCUGCUGGAGCAGCAGGAGGAGAAGCGGCGAGCGCAGGACGAGCGGAGGAACAGAGAUGAGCUGUACGAUGCUAUGCGCCUGGAGAUGGACCGGCGAGCCAUGCAGCUGUCUCUCGCCGAGGAGUCGUGCCGCCGCGUGAUCCUUACCGCCACCAAGGAUUUCAACCGUGCGCAGGCGGAGGAGCAAGAGGCAAAACGGCGCCGGGAGCACGAGCAGGAGGAGGCGGCGUCGCAGGCGGAGAUCGCCGCGCUGCUGGAGGGCGGCCUGCUCACCGAGGACCCCGCGCAGGCGUCCAGCGCCCUCAGCCCGCUGCGCGUCGUACCCGACCGCUGGAAGGGCAUGAGCGGCGAGCAGCUGCACGAGAUCCGCCUCGCCCAGGAGCGCCAGCGCGAGGAGAAGAAGAGGCUGGAGGAGGAGGCGCGCCGGCGAGACGAGGAGUGGGAGCGCCAGAGCCUGCAGGCGGCACGCAUCGGGACGCUCUUGGAGCAGGAACAGCAGCGCAGCGCCAAGGAGCAGCGCCGAGCCCUGGACAGCACCAACAUGCAGCUGGCCAGCGAGCAGAACAUGCACCGAGAAUUCCUGGAGAAGGAAGUCUACAAGAACACUCCGACGGAGCAAUUCUUCGCCCAGUUCAACACGUCCAGCCGUUGAGCGGUGGCGCUGACGAAUCUCACUCGACGGAGAAGACACGCUCUGUGAUAUUAUUCUUCUUCUCAUAAUUAAGCACGUAUCGUAUUGAUCACAAAGGUUUCCCAUAAACCAGCCACAGUAGAACUCGGGGCCAAUGGCCCUGCAUGAAUGAGUGUUCAAUAAAUCACGAUUGUGGUAGAGGUACAGCUGGUGAAUGUACAACUUGCUGUAUUCACGGCAGUGAUCUAGUGAACGACAUUGUCAGCUCAGGGGAUGCGGAAAUCGGUCAGGUGGGGCCCCAACAUUUGAUUUGUCUCGCACGGUCGCACCGAGACUAUUAUAAUAACGCGUCACCUCUUGCCUAGUCAUAUAAUCGUUACGCUCAACGGUCUAAAACAUUAAACACUUUAGGGGCGCUCCGUUUUAACAAAAUGCAGCCACUCCAGCUUCGUAGUAGUGGUACCUCUUUGCUAUAUAAUUGACACGUAUCUGAUUAAAUAUCCCAGAAACGGAGUUCUAUAUGAAAGAUAUUUUCACUAAAAACAAAAAAAGUAAUCCAUAAGAGGUUGUUUUGGGGUUAGAUCGCGUAAAUAUAUAAAAUAGUGUACACGCGGCCCGUUUAUUAAUAUUGAAUCGGCUCUAUGUACGCAGCGUGUCGCGUGGGACGUGUUUCACAAUCAUCGGGCGCGUGCAGCGUGCAACGAGUUGAUUUGAAUGUUAGUACGUUUGUAAAUGCGGAAGGACGUAGGCGUGGUGGGGGAGGUGGCAGUGACUGGAGUUUGGGAAACUGGUGUCAUUUCUACUGAAUUUCAAUCAAGGCUCAUGCCGUGGGUGUGUGUUGCCUGAUGUGUGUCCUGCAAUCACGUCUACAGGGGGCUCGUACUAACCUACAGGCGUAAUCAUUGAGCAACGUAUACCUCGAUCAGUAAUAACAAUAAUAAACCGCAUUCGCAAAACA